AGCGGCUCCGCCCCCGCUCCCUGCCAGGGAGGCUGAGGCACCGGCCGCCGCUGCCCGGCCUCCCCGCGCUCCCGCCCCGGGGCAGCGAGGCGCCGGGAGGAUGCGAGUAGGCGCCGCGGCCGGCGGCGAGGCGACGGCCCGGGCGGCCGGCGGCGUUGGGAGUUCCCGGCUCACUCGCCGCCCCCCCGCCCCAAAAGAAGUGCAGUAGUUUGUGAAACGCAAGAUGGCGGCGCGGCCGUGAGCGAAGGCGGCAGGCGGGCAGGCGGGCGGCGCGGGCGGAGGGGGCGAGGCGGACCGGCGCCGUCAGAUCAGGAUGUGCAGCACUGGAGAUCGACACCGACUUCGGUAAACCAUGUAAUGGAGGCAGAUCUGCAUCUUUGAAAGGGCUCAGACUAUCUGCAGUAGCAAACGCUAUCUGGUCAUGGAUCCAUGUGGACUUUAAAACAGCGUGUCUCAACAUUUCAUCCUCAACUAUCUAUUUUAAUCUGAUUGCACUACAGAAGAAAAGCUGCUAAUGGGAUAAAUGUUGAGACUUUAUAAGAACUGACUUGAAGUACUGAAAGCCAUUAUUAUUAAUCAAGAAGAUCUUGAAGCUACAUCUGCAUCUGACCAGUCAGUAUCAUUUUCACAUAACAGGCAUGGCAAGUAAAAGAAAAUCAACAACACCAUGCAUGGUCUUAGCCAACGAGCAGGAUCCAGAUUUAGGAAUGGUAUCAGACUUGGAGGAAGGAGCAGCUGUACCCGCGCCAACAGAGAACCCGACAGCAGAGAGCGUAACAAGCGACGAGGAUGUUCACGAGUGUGUGGAUUCAGACAAUCAGAAAAACACAAAUAAAGUAGAAGGUGGUUACGAGUGUAAAUACUGUACUUUUCAAACUCCAGAUCUCAAUAUGUUUACUUUCCAUGUGGAUUCAGAACAUCCCAACGUAGUAUUAAACUCAUCCUACGUUUGUGUUGAAUGCAAUUUUCUUACCAAAAGAUACGAUGCUCUCUCAGAACAUAAUUUGAAGUACCACCCUGGAGAGGAGAAUUUUAAAUUGACCAUGGUGAAACGCAAUAAUCAGACAAUCUUUGAACAAACAGUAAACGAUCUCACUUUUGAUGGGAGUUUUGUUAGAGAAGAAAAUGCCGAACAGGCAGACACUUCUGAGGUCCCCUCAUCUGGGAUCUCAAUUAGCAAAACUCCUAUUAUGAAGAUGAUGAAAAACAAACCCGAGACUAAACGUAUCGCUGUUUUCCACAGUGUAGUUGAUGACAUUCCUGGUGAAGAAAAGGGAACUGAAAAUGAGCCAAACUCUGAAGAAGCAACGGAGAACCCCCCGCCGUCAGUUCCCGAGUCAAAAGCGAGCCACUCGGUCGUGUGCAGCGGCGCAGACGUGGCCAGCGCAGUGGUGACUCCAGCGCCAGUGCUGCAGCCUGGGGUGGCACAGGUGAUAACAGCUGUUACGGCUCCACAGAGCUCAAACCUGCUUCCCAAAGUCCUGAUACCUGUGAAUAGCAUUCCAGCCUAUAAUAGUGCUUUGGAUAACAAUCCUCUUUUGCUCAACACCUACAACAAAUUCCCGUACCCGACCAUGUCGGAAAUCACUGUUCUUUCCACUCAAGCCAAGUACACGGAGGAACAGAUUAAGAUAUGGUUUUCUGCACAGCGUCUGAAACACGGGGUGAGCUGGACGCCAGAGGAAGUGGAGGAAGCAAGGAGGAAACAAUUUAAUGGCACAGUGCAUACUGUGCCACAAACAAUUACUGUCAUUCCAGCACACAUUUCUGCCGCUAGCAAUGGUUUACCUUCAAUCUUACAGACAUGCCAAAUAGUUGGUCAGCCAGGACUUGUUCUCACCCAAGUCGCAGGCGCAAAUACGUUACCAGUAACAGCCCCAAUAGCUUUGACUGUAGCGGGGGUCCCAAACCAAACACAGUUACAGAAGAAUCAGAUUCACGCUGCUCAGCCCAUAGCAGAAACCAAACAAGUAGCUGCUGUUCCAGCCCCUCAGCCUAUCAAAAAUGAAUCCACACUGAUGAACCCUGACUCCUUCGGCAUCCGAGCCAAGAAAACUAAGGAACAGCUGGCAGAACUGAAAGUCAGCUACCUUAAAAAUCAGUUUCCUCAAGAUUCAGAAAUCGUUAGACUUAUGAAAAUAACAGGCCUCACUAAAGGAGAGAUCAAAAAGUGGUUCAGUGAUACACGCUACAAUCAGAGAAACUCAAAGAAUAAUCAUGGGAUUCAUCUCAACAGUGAUUCAUGUGCCACCAUUGUUAUUGAUUCGAGCGAUGAAAUGAAUGAAUCCCCAACAGGAGUCACUCCACAGAGCAAGUCAUCGUGGAGUACUUUUCCUGAUUUUACACCACAGAAAUUCAAAGAGAAAACUGCUGAACAGCUGCAAGUCCUCCAAGCAAGUUUUCUUAAUAACCCCGUCCUUACUGAUGAAGAGAUGAAUAGGUUAAGAGCCCAAACCAAACUGACCAGAAGAGAAAUUGAUGCCUGGUUUACAGAAAGAAGGAAAUCAAAUGUUGUGAAAGAAGAGGGAGCUGACUUGAAUGAGAGCAAUGCUGGCAGCUCAAAAGAAGAGGCUGGAGAAACAUCUGUGGGAGAUGUAGCAGCAGGAACAAAAUCAGGGUGUUCCACUUCAAGCAAAAUAGGCAAAAAAUCCCCAGAGCAGUUGCACAUGCUCAAAAGUUCCUUUGUCCGUACUCAAUGGCCAUCUCCACAAGAAUACAACAAGCUGGCAGAAGAAACUGGCCUCCCAAGAUCAGAAAUUGUGAGCUGGUUUGGGGAUACUCGCUAUGCCUGGAAAAAUGGUGGACUGAAAUGGUAUUAUUAUUACCAGAGUGCCAAUGCAAACAGUCUGAACGGCCAAGGCUUUGCAAGAAAAAGAGGGCGAGGGCGACCAAAAGGGAGAGGGAGAGGGAGGCCAAGAGGGAGGCCUCGGGGAAGCAAGAGGUUAAAUUCCUGGGACAGAGGUGUGUCUGUCAUAAAGUUUAAAACUGGAACAGCAAUCCUGAAGGACUACUAUAUGAAGCACAAAUUCCUUAAUGAGCAAGACCUCGAUGAACUGGUAGCCAAAUCUCACAUGGGAUACGAGCAGGUCAGAGAGUGGUUUGCUGAAAGGCAAAGAAGAUUAGACCUUGGAAUAGAGCUCUUUGAUGAAAAUGAGGAAGAAGAUGAAAUGCUGGAAGAUCAGGAAGAUGAGGAAGAAACGGAUGAUAGCGAUACUUGGGAACCCCCCAGACAUGUUAAGCGUAAACUUUCAAAAUCGGAUUGAUGUGCAAUUUGGGAUCUGGGGGUCAAAACCUGUGAAUGAGGUUUGAUGUUACAGUGAAGAGCCAAAGGAUCUUUCAUGGCCUUCAGUUUGGCAAGCACAUGCUUAGCAUCUUCCUUCCACGUGAAAGAACAUGGGCAAGAUGCUACCUGUGCAGGCAGCAACUCUUUGCUUCCUUGCUACAAGAAAUGGACAGCCUCAGGCCUCGCCUAGGACACAGGCUUAUAAAUCAAAUCCGGCUCAGCUCCUCCUCUUCCACGCUACCGAUGGGAAGGUUCAUGUUCAUCAUUCAAAUGACUACUUCUCCAUAUUUAAUUGCCUUACAUUGUUUUAACUCCAAAAAAACACAGACACAUUUUUUCGUUGAUGUAGGAGAACAUUGACUGCUCACGAAGGAGGAAAAUACAAACACCUAAGAUGUCUUUUUUGCAAACAUCGCUUCGCCUGAAAGGUUUCAAGGAGGCCUGGGUUUUAUUUCUUAAGGAAAGAGUUCAAAACAGAAGGGGCAAAGUGUGACAAAGGAAAUCAAUGAACCUAGGGGUGAGGAUUGCUUGGUUUAAGAAAAUAAGGUGAUAUUGACACCUUUUGCAUAUCUCUGGAGUGUUUUGGGUUUACAGAACUUGUGCUGAAAUGUUCCUUGUUGAUAAUUAUGAGCUAACUGAAUGAGUCUAACACUAGAAGAUGCUUUUCGUUACCUUUUAUCAGUGUAUCCUACAUCAGUUUAAUUUAAAUGCCUGACAGACUUGAUGCAGUAGAUAGUAACAUUCUUUUUCAGCUUGUGCUUUUUUUCCUUUGUUAGAAACGGUAAGAAAAGUAUGUAUAUUUCUAGCUAAAAAAAAUAAGUUCUUGAAACACUGAAUUUUAAGGUAAACGUGAAGUGGAAACUACCCUAAAAGGUGUUCAGAGUUGCUUAGGGUCUUGUAAGAAUACACAGAUACAGAGACGAAAAGCAUCUUCGGGUGCUGGUAAGAAAGAUUUUCAAGUUGUGGCAGUGACAUGAUGUUUAAUUCUUAAAAAAAAAAAAGAAGAGAGAAGGUACAUGGCUUUUAGAUGCCUAGGAGUGAGAAACACACUAAUGUUUAAUUGUUCUUCAGCAAUAGCCCAGCUGAAUGAUUGGUGCACAACUUUAACCUAAAUUCAUCCUACCAGAAUGAGCUUGCCACUAUGCUGGUUAUUCUUAGGGUUGCUGGAUGAACACCUAUACUUUUAAAGGUGGUUUGAUCUACCUGAACUGCACAUCAGAAGUAGUUUAGUCUGAUACAAAACAUCAACACCUUGACUAGUGUCUUUAAAACAAAGAGGAGAAGAAAAGCCAUUUAUUCCCAACGUGUUGAGCACUACUGAGUUUGAAUUAGCAACUUUAAAACAAUGGGCCAAAUUCACAGAAAUCACUUUAGACAGACGUCUGGCAUCCUAGAAAACUGGUACUCUGAGGAAGAGCAGUUUGUGUUCUUGCUACUGUCAGUCUGCAUCUUUUAGGGAUAAGUUACUUUAUAUUUAGAUGUCAAAAGACGGUGGUGAGUUGGUGCUGCUGUCACCAGUGUUGUCUGCUUUUACGUUGGCACUAGCAAGGAUACUUGCAGCCUCCUUUUGCACAUCUGUCAGCAUCUGCUCUGUAGGCAUCUGCACCUGAGGACCAGUGAAAGACAGAUUAGUGUAGAAAUAAUGUGCCCUAAUUCCACAUUUCCAAGACACUAAUCUUGAAAUUGCUAUUUCUUUCUCACUGUGGUAACUGUCAAAAGACAAAGCCAUUUUAGUUGUGCUUUUCCAAAGCAGAGGAGUCCGUGAGAUACGGCUUUUAUACCUUAUCAUUGGUAUGAUCAAGUAUGAAAAUACCCAGCUCAAAGCAAGAAAGUGAAUAACGUCUGACAAAAUAGGUAAAUUCACCUUCCUCUCAGGACCUUUGUAGAUGCCCUUCUGCUCCCAGGUUGAACAGGCUGUCUGAGUUGCAGGAGAAUGUUGUGUGUGAAAGCCAUUUGCUAGGAGAAGCUCUUCUGACAGUUUGAGAUUGUUGGAAAGAAAAAAGGCAACAGCUUUUGGUGUGUGACAUUAAUUUGAUGAUGAAGCUAUUUCCUGGCUUCUAUGACUCAAAUCGGUGAGGCACAACGUGGCCAGCAGUGCUAGGGAGGACUAGCCAAGAAUCCCUUGGUUUAACUUUGGGGUGAGGAGAAGCAAAACCAUAUUGUCACCAUGUUUCUUUGGAGUGCUCAUGACUCUGGAUGUGAAGUGGUGUGAGAGAGAUCGUGAUCUGGCCUUUUGAGCAUUGGCUGCUACGUAUGGUUGGGAAAUGUUCUUGCUUGACUGGUCAUGGUAUAGAUGGGGCUGUUGUGGAUAGCAGCAGAUAAAAGAAAGAAUCAAGUUAGCUUCAAUUACCACUGGGAAUACAGGGUCAAAAAUCGGGGCUUGCUGAGUGGGAAAGGAAAAGGCCAGUAGGGAAAGACACACUAUUUUUAAGUUUCCAAAAAUAUUAAAGCAAAUCCUUAAAAUCCUUGGGAAUAUGCCUCUAGCAAGCAAAAUCUGGAGUUGCCUUAAUCCUUAAGGUUGACCCAGAGUUAGUUUUCUUUUAAAAAAAUACUCAAACUCACCCCACCCAAGCAACUGUCCCAAUAAGCACCUCCAUUUUUUGUUAGCAGAGACUGCGUUUAGGUUAGCAUUAAAUCUGACCUUCUUUAAAAGAUGGGAAGAAAUAAAGAUCCAAGUUAAUGAUACGAUUAAACUGGGAAAUUUUCCAUUUUGGCAGUGUUCUGUUAAAUAACACUCAGCUACAAUGGUAGGCCUUAGCACAUCUGGUCUGAAAAACACAGGAAGAGGAAAUACAUUGUUUAUCAGACUAAAUAUAGUUGGAUUGGAUGUCUUCUUUCAGUAAAAUGGUCAGAGAUGGUGGCUGAGUUAUACUGGGCCAGAUUUUCAGUUGCUGUAAAUAUUACAGUUCGUGUGUUCCAGUGGUUAUAAUACGAUUUACAGCCUAUUAAGGAACAUGGUCACUUUGCAGAAUAUAACAUUGAAAUGAAACCAUGUGAUACAGGUCAGCUAAGGAGAGGUGGAGAGCACCCAGAGUUUCCUUUGGGUUAUGUGCAUGUUAUGAACCUUUCAGUUGUGCCAAGGAUGCAGGAAAAUCUGGGUGGGUUCAGCCUGAAGAGAGCAGUUAUACCCGUUCAUUAUUGCUUGUAAUCUGCCUGUUCUUUCUGUUUGAACAAAGAGAGUCCAUUAAUUAGCAGUUUGUUUCAUAUUUACAGCGUGUGUAUAUUUGCACUGCAUACUGGGAGGGAGGUAAACUCCUUCCAGAGGCCUCCUGCUUCAGCACUGACAGGAGAAGCAUCAGGAAGAGAUGUCAGCAUGCUGGUCUGUUUUAUCUGUGAUUUGUGGUUGUGGCUGGUGUGAACUCAAAGCUACUGUUACCGGUGCUUUAACCCAGAUUCCUCUCAGCCAACAUUAGGCCUCUGUGCUCUUUGCCCCGUGCCGGUGCCCAAGGCACACCAUAAAGUCACUCGAGAGAAGCAGAAAUUGCCUGCCAGGUAGAAAGGAUGCAUCACCUCUUCAUUCUGCCAGUUACAUACAGGAAAGCUCUUGAACUUAAGCACAUCAGCAAGUGUCUUUAAUUUGUGAUGAAUUCGAGUCUGGCUGUGCUCGUCAGCAGCACACCCCUGCUGCCUGGCUCCCUCCUGUCACACACGCUGCAGGCUGCUUUGGAAGCCACUUGGAAUGAGUUAUGUUGGUGGGGAGGGAAGGGGUGAGAAAGUAUGUAUGCCCUGGGCUGAGUAUCCGUGUGGGGUUUGGUUGAUUUCCCUGCUCAGCAAAGAACUGUGUGGGGGUGAGCCUGUGGUAUGUUUGCUGUGUUUCUGUGGAGCUUCACCUCUCUAGGUUUCAGCUACUUGCAAAUCAAGCUUCAGUGAUUGCCCUUGACGGGGAGGUGAAGAAACUCUAUGGUCUUGCUCAGAUCUUGCUUCUAGCUGCCCAAUGUGGUGAAGGGGAAGCAAUUCUUGAAAAAGUUCAAGAUAACUGGUUAACUGUGAAUGGGCCUAAUCUUUCGUGAAACCAAGAAAAUUUUUGGACACACACAGGACUUGAAUACUCAAAAGGAUUGGAACUUAGUGUUGUGCCAAAGUUAAACUACUGCAGUUGGCAGAAGUUCUGCACUGUAAAUAGAAGACUGAUUAAAAGACAGCUUGUUAAAAAAAAGAAUUUAAUACAGUACGUUUUUAUUCUGAUACACGAUGGAAACAUUCUGGUUUAGAUCUUUUUUGAAGAGGCUUCAGUGACCACUAGAUUUUGUCCUCUUAUAUUUUGUUUGGCCUAAUUCUAUAUGUUCUAGUAAGAUGGGCUUUAUUGCCUGUGUUCUUUGAUAUGUGAUUAAGCUUAUAGCUUUGAGUGACCAAACAUUUUACAGAGUAAAAGUUCUUAGAAACAGUAUAACGUAACUGAUAUUUCUGUGUCUUAUUUAUCAGGCUCUGCACAAACUUGGAAAGUUGUGCUGGACUUGUACAACUCGUAUAUGGGAACGCAGCAUACUUCUGGAUGUUACAAACCUAAGCCUUCGCGGCAGUACGGAUCUUGUCUUUGGAUUUAUUUUUGUUAUUUUUUGGAGGCAGAGAGACAAAUGGAUGCUGCUGUAAAAUAUUUGUAAUAUUGCCAUUAUUGCUUUCUGUAGCAAUUACUUCUUUUGCUUCAACAGAUAAAGAAAAUAAACCAGAGAGAAAAAUCCUAAAAGACGCUGUUAGAAGAAAGGAUUGUGUGGGAACUCCUGAAAAUAAACUUUGUACCAAAAAUCUGAAAGCAGAA